GCGGUCUUGACAAUAGCACGACCACGGCAGUGCCAAGAUCCAAAUCUGCGGGUGUGCCACCACGGUUUCCCUUGUGUUGGACGACUCGACCGUGUCGCCAAGAAGGUGCGCUGCACGUGCACUGGAGCCCCCGCCGUCUGGUCGUUGCGUCGUCGCCAUGCAAGUCGACUGUGCGCUGUACUUGGCCAACUGCACCCACGACACGUUGUUCCAGCCAUCGUAUGUCCGGUGCCAAAAGUCGCAAGGCCAAAAGAUUCUACGGUGUUUUCCACACUGUUGUCCGCGGCAUAUUCAUUACCGCAACUGCGGAUGCAGCGUCAACCUCCGCGUCCACACCGCCCCACGGAAUCUGUCGAACGGGAGCGGUCCGGCGACUGCCAACGCUGGAUAUGCCAACGCGGCGGCCACCGGUGCACGCCCUAGCGUUCUCGUCGCAUACGCCAAAUUUUCCCAGCUCGACGAAGACGUCGACUGGGCCGUGCACGACAUUGUCCCGGCGGGUACAGUUCUGGACGAUCUGCGUUCACGAGAUUCGCCAUUUCGGACGUGGAUUCCUGGACAUGUCGAGUGGACAAAGGGAAACACGUGGAGCUUCCAAUUCGACGAGAAGAAGGGAGACGGAUGGCAUUACGGGUGGAAGAGUGGGCGAAGUCGAUCGCAACGCACGUCCGCACAUGUUCUCAAGGCGUUUGUGUUUGACGUGUCGAACGACGGAACGUGGUGCGUUGUUGGCAUUGCAUCAUCGACGCCGUUUACCAUCACAAGCUACCGCGGCGAACACAACCGAAAGCAAAAGAAAAAGGAGUUGAGUGCUUGCGCCGCCUCGUCCAGCUACAUGCACAAGUUUCGACGGGCUACUGCGUCCCCGAGUUCUCUGUCCAUCGUUCGGUGGUCCGAAAUGUCCUCGGACGACAACGACGACUACAAUGUAGCGGGUAUCAUGGACGAUUCAGCCCGAGUCAUUCGUCCGCGAAAUGUCUCGUCGAGUACGGGAUCAAUUACUGCGUCGGCAGUCACCUCCACCCGCAUCCCCACCCACCAUAAAACCACGCGAAGCGGCGCUCCGACCAGCAUGCCCAUCCUGGCGACUUACCCGACGAUGCCCGAACACGGCGACAUUGCAAAUUUGUUCGCGGUCUUGCAUGUUCUGGAACCGAACGACUGUCCACCUUCGCUGUGGACCUCGUUUGAAUCGUCAUGGAUGGAGUCCAAGGGAUUUUCCACAUGCGGCCGGUCGUUGCUGCCUCUUUUUUACCAUUCACACCAUAGGCAGCUCCGGCAUCACUUGCCGUUUGGCGGAUCGCUGUCGCCUCUUCACGACACGGCGCUCGGUCUUUGUUUGCACCUCAUUUCGUCCCUUCGCAACGUGUCCGACCGUAUCCAACGGACCCUGGUGAGCCAUGGAGAGGCCGUGCUAGACAAACAACAAGCGUUGCGCGUGUACGACGACUGCAUGGGCAUCUUGCAACGUCAAGUGCAGGCUGUAUUGACCCAACAUGAAGGCGGACCAACCGACAUCAAGGAGUUGCUGCGGUACUUGCCACAAAUCCCGACCAGCCACAUGUCGCCGUCCAACCAUUUAUAUCGCUUGUUUGUCGCACAACUGCGGGAAAUGUUCAUUGCGUCUCAAAACGAUCACGUUUCGACGCAGUCUGUGGGGACAACAGCCUUUGACGGCAUGUGGGUGCACAUGCCGGAAUGCACAUUCUUUUCAACGUGGACGUUGUCGCUGUCCCUCAUGGGCUACCUCCGGUGGACGUCCAACUUGGUCGCGUUCUCGCAAACUCGGUCGGGGCAUUCCAUUCAGAUCCGAUCGGCAACGCCGUGGUUUGCGUCGGUACCAAUGCUGCUCGAGCUGGAUCAAAUACCCCACAGCUUGCGAGUGCUUCCCAGCGGCGAGUCGUGCCUUGCUGGCACACUUGCCAUCGAUUACAUGGGCCAAGCGACCGAUAACUUCAUACGGCUGGAGCUGUACGUGUUUGGCUUGACGACAGUUCAUGUCGUAUUCCUUGAAGCCACUCCCCAAGUCCUCGACACUCUUUGCACCACCAUUUGGAUGGAAUGCCAGGUGCGCAUUGACGAAGUUCGGCGCGACGGUGAGGUUGGACUGGGUGAUGAAUCGUCCAUGGACGCGGCAAAUCGAAUCGCGUGGGUCCAGCAACUCGCCCAUCGCACAACUGUCGUCCAAAUGGUGGCCAAGUAUGAACGGACGGCAUGCUGACCUGCGUGCUGACCCGUCCUAUCAAAAGCGCACGUGUAGCUCUAGGCAGUCGCAGCAUUCCAACUUGUAACAGUAGGUGUAUAUUGUCGUGUGC